CUGUGAGUUAUGGUCCCUCUCCAGAUCUCAGGUACAACAAGGCAGGCAGGUCCUGAAGAGAAAUCAGAGAGGAGAAGAAAAACCUAACCUGAUCAUGCCUAGCUUCAAGUCCACCAUGCUGCAGCUCGUCUUCCUUGGGGCACUGUUUGUUUCGCCUGCUUAUCUUCAGCAGGCGCCUUGUGAUAUCGUCAAGAAGACCGUUACGCGGGGCGCUUACAAGCUGAAUGUGGAACCUUCUUAUUUCAAACCAAGCGCCAUCUACACAGGUAAGUUGCACUUUGUCUCCAGGGCUGCUGUUGCGUCUUGGCAUUCCUGUCUGUGUGUUCAGAGCUAACCUGCCUUUGGCCAUCUUUGGGAUCCAAAGGGUGUUCUGCCAUUUUGGGGCACCCUUGCCUUGCGGACCCAGUCUCACCACCAGCCUGUGAAUGCAGGGCUUGUUGGGAUUUUAAGCUAGCCUUGCUGCAGUGACCUAGAGAAGCUCAGAAAAGACAUGGGAUGGAAGAUACGGUAUUUGUGGGGUUUGAUGCACUGUCUUAUGGGAUGACCAAAACCAAAAGAUAAAGGAAGAGGGAGCCAACGUGGUGUCCUCCAAAUUUUGGACUACAGCUGCCUUCAUUCCUGUGCUGACUGGGUCUGUUGGGAUCUGAAGUCCAGCAACAUCUGGAAUGCAACCCAUUGUUUAACAGUGUGUUAGGGGAUCUAUUCUUUCUAGAGGCAUUGUAGUUGAUGUCAGAUAUAGAAAGAGCAACUCUGAAGUAGCCCGUAAGUCAGUGCUGGGCAAAAGGGUGUGAAUCUGCCAGCCAUGGAGCUGAUGGAUGGGCUUGGAUCUAUGCCACUAUCUCUUGGCCACAGUCUCCCAUCUGUAAAAUGGGACCAUAAUGGUAUUUGCACAGAAAAAACUGCAGUAAUAAUAAUAAUAAUAAUAAUAAUAAUAAUAAUAAUAAUAAUGUAAUGCUCUUAUCAGUCUGUCACUAAACUGUAAUGCAAAGGUCCUACAGAAUUCAGCUGAAAAAGGACCCAAUCUUCCUUUGGUAGAAAUGGUGGACUUUAAAUUUUAUAAUAAAUGAAUAAUUUUUAAAUGAAUACCAAAUGAAUACCCAGAAGGACAAAAUGAUAUGAAAGCAGCAUAGAUUAUAUUGGAAGGGAACAAAAUAUUGAUUCACACCACUUGAGAAUCAGGCCUAACAUAUUCCGUAUUAAUUUUUUUAGUGCCGAAAGAGUUCCCCCAAUUUUGAUCAUGCAUCUAUUGCACAAUGACUACUGUGCCAUUUAACCUCAUAGACACUGAGCUGCCCUAACAGGGAUUUGACCCACAGCCCCACCCAGGGUGGAACACAGUGUGUCACCCUUGCCAUUUCCAAAUAUUAUUUUUAGUCCCCGUGUGGGAUGACGGCGCCCCAGUUUUUAUCUUCCCCAAAUGAAAGCUUGCUGUUCACUAAUGAAGCCCAAAUUUAAUGAGCUGCAUUGCAGGCGGCUGUUGGAGAGCCUCUUCUUGAGACAUCUAGGCUAGCCAGUUUCCCUGGUCCAGCAAGAUGAAGGAAGGCAUGAAAAGGUUAGCUGUCCGUGGCUGCAAUGUGGGUCACACAUUUCAGCGCAAGAACAUCUAGCAGCCAAGUCCAGAUCUCUGACAAGGACAGCAGUUUUCAAAUAUCCGAUUGUCACCUCCCUUUUAUCCUCACAACAACCCUGUGAGGUAGUCUAGGCUGAGAGAGAACGACUGGUCCAAGAUCAUCCAAGGAGCUUCAUGUCUGAGAGGGGAUUUGAUCCUUUGUCUCUGUCUACACUGCACUGGCUCUCUUAUGCCAGUCUCCAUACACCAGGAGGUUUAGAGUUGGGGGUCUCGAAUGAAGAACAUGGCGCUUAGGCAAGCAGAAACCUAGUGCCUUUCCCCCCCCCUUUUAGAAAAGUAUAUCAUAUGCUCAGAUUUCCUGUUCCUGCUUUUUUUCUAAUGAAAUGGUAUAUUGUAUUUACACUCAUUCCCCUCAAUGUCACAAGCUGCCUCAAGCUUAGGAGAGGCAAGAUUUAAAACAAAAACAAAACACCACAUUUUGAAUAAAUUUAGUCAAAAGAUUCAGAUGGCUUCUAGGCUCCAUGAAUUCUAACCAUCUAAAUCAUGACACACAAAGCUAUGGAAAUAAUAAUAAAUCAACAGCAAUGAUAAGAAGAACUUAAAGCUGUUUGUGUGCGUUAUCUCGCUGUAAUCCUUCCAAUGCAACCCUGUUAAGAUAAGUCAGUUUUAUUGCACCCAUACUGCAGAUAGGGAAACUGAUGCUUAAGAGGGGCUUUGCCUAAGGCCACACGAGACAAAGGAUUUGGAUUUCCCCAGCUCACUAUUGCUACACACAGCAGCUGCUGUUAGUCUUCGCUAUUUUGUACAAAUGAUGCCACAACGGCACAUCCCACAAUGAUGCAGAGAUUUUGCCUUUCUGUAGUUUCUUGGUUUCCUUUCGCCCUGCUGUGGGCUUUCUGGAUUUUUUCUCCCACCAUCACAUCAAGGUCUUUCCUCCCUCUGCCCCCCAUCCCUGUGUUUCCCAGUAAAAAAUGUGAUUUCUCCCACUCUCUCUGCAGUCACCAUUACUGGGAUUGAUAACAGCACUUCCGUCAUCCUGCAAGCCGUACCUUCUGAAGAUGGCUCCAGCGGUCUGUGGGAAAGUGAAAACAAACCCAUCAGCUGCAGUGGCGUCGAAAACCUGGUGGAGAAAAACGUCUCCAGCGGCAACAGCACCCGAACUCGCUGGACAGCCCCCAAUGCCAACAUGGAAUCUGUGCUCAUAAAGUAAGAAUCCUGACCACUGGGCCUUUUCUGCACCGAAGAGUCCCUGCCCCAAGGGGUCUACAGCCUCACGCUACCAACAAAUGUAUUGUUUCUCAAUACAGUUGUAUCUUGAAUUACCACAGAGCAGCUCAGGGUUAAAAUGGCGUCGGCGUUGAGAGACAGUGACAUAGAUGCAGGAAUUUUUCUCCCUCCCCAAAAAGCUUGGACAAAUUUGUGGCCUGUUAAGCACUUUCAGCCCCUAAACAAAAGCUCCAUGUGUAAAGGGAAGGUCCCUGUGGACAGGAAAUGUCGGAUAAUGGCCAUGGCCUUCAUGCCUGACAUGUGAGCUUCUCACAGAUAGUGGGGUGGCUUCUUCUGCAAGGCCAAAAGGCACUAACUAUGCCAAUCUAAGUUAGAACUGAAUUUUAACGGAAGGGUGAGACUGGGGGAACUAAUCAGAGCAAUUAUCUGAUAGUUGGGGGCGUGUGUGUGUGUGUGUGUGUGUAAGCGAUAACAGUGGCGGAACUUGCUUAUUUCUCCUAUGAGAAGACAUCAAAAUGUAUUACUUAAAUCAAGAAGGCUGAAUUAUCCGUAAUUGUUUGAAUUGUCUGGUUUUUCCUUUGAGGGGGAGGGCUUUUAUUAUCCUCUGCUUUCAUAGGAACUGUCUCACAGCAAAUCAAACCACUGGUCUAUCUAGCUUAGUGUUGCUUACCCAGAUUGGCAGCGGCCGUACAGAGUUUAAGACAGGGGAUCUGUACCAGGAGCUGCUGGGGACUGCACCUAGGAGUCCUUCUGCUUUAGGCAAAGGGUUUGUGGAGAGGUUGCAACACUUCUAGACACAAAGCCUGAUAUUUCCUUGCUGACAGGGAGAGGUGUGUGACUCCUAAGUGCAAAACGUAAGACAUAAAUUUACGGCACAAAAUGUGGUUUUGUGUAACGAGGCACUGCUUUAUCCAAAGGGGCAUAUAUCAGCCUGCCACCUCAUGCCUGUCUGAUGGAUAUGCUUGCUUUAAUUUAUAUUGAGUGCUCUAUAGCAAAGCUUAAGAUUCAUUUCCCCCUUUUUUUGCAAUGAUCACCAAGAAAUGCCAAUUGGCUGAAGAAAGAUCAUAUGCAGAUAAAUUACACUAGCAAUAAUUACCCAUAUCUCCUACGCUUGCUCCUAAAAGUUAUCAGCAUAGUUGCUCAGGCACAAAUGAAAAGGAAGCCCUUAUUAUUAUUUUUUCCUUCUCCAAAUGCCAGCUAAAAUGGGGUUCGGGCAUCACUGCACCCCCUCCCCCAUUUUUAACAGAAGUGCUGUUUGGCUAUCAUUUCACAGCUUCUCUCCUCCACCAUUCAUUAUCCUCAUUUUCUGUUUGUUUCCCAACAGGUCUUUUGUCAUCUUUGCCAAUGGAACAACCCUGCUGCAAACUCAGACCCUGGCAAGAGGUAAUUUUGUGAGAAAGCAAGGUCUCCCUCCAGUGUCAGUCUGUCGGGAAUUGUAAAUGGGUAAAGUGCGGUUGCGUUCAGAUCCUGUUUAAAGGCUUCCUAUGAGAGAAUACAUUUUGUUGGCUGCUGUGAGAGCAGGAUACUGAUGGGCCAAUGGCCUGAUCCAGCAGAGCUCUUCUUAUGUAACAUCCAAAGCAACCUCUCUCUCAAUUUUAACAUUUUUCAACCCCACCCAUUCUCUUCCAUCUAAACAAUGGGGGGGGGGGGAGGUGACUACUAUUGGCUAACAUAGCCCAACUUCAAUCUCAAUCUCAGGGCAAUUCCUUCAAAGAUUGGCAGGAGGGGAAGUUGAUGCAAUUCCUGUUUAGCAGGUGGAAACAACCUAGUAAGCUGUCUUACACUGUCAGACCAUCAGACCAUAUAGUAUUAUCUGCGCCAGGCUUCCCCAGAAAUUUUAGGCUGCUGAGCUGGCUAUUACACUGCUGAAUAUCACUUUUUUGGAAAUUGCAGGUGGGCAGAGUGCUGUUAUGCUCCUGCAAACCUUUCAGGCUAAGGGACGCUGGUGGCGCUGUGGGUUAAACCACAGAGCCUAGGACUUGCCGAUCAGAAGGUUGGCGGUUCGAAUCCCCGGUUGGGGUGAGCUCCCAUUGUUCAGUCCCUGCUCCUGCCAACCUAGCAGUUCGAAAGCAUGUCAAAGUGCAAGUAGAUAAAUAGGUACCGCUCCAGCGGGAAGGAAAACGGUGUUUCCGUGCGCUGCUCUGGUUUGCCAGAAGCGGGAUAGUCAUGCUGGCCACAUGACCUGGAAGUCGGCUCCCUCGGCCAAUAAAGCGAGAUGAGCGCUGCAACCCCAGAGUCGGUCACGACUGGACCUAAUGGUCAGGGGUCCCUUUACCUUUACUACCUUUCAGGUUUCCCCCCCCCCACAAGUGUCUGGCUGGCCCCUGUGAGAGUAGGGUGCUGGACUGGCUAGGCCACUGGCCUGAUCCAGCAGGCUUGUUGUGCAUUCUUACAUUCUGGGGCUGAUAGGAGUUGUUGACACCUGGAGUCAAAAGUAUCAGAAGGACACCAGGUUAGGGAAAGCUGAUAUACACUGCUCUCACUGGCAAGGGCUCUCUAGGAUUUCAGCCAGGCAGUAUUUUCCCAGACCUGCCGUGAGAGGCUGGAAAGUGACCUUGGAAACCUUCUGCCUGCAGAGCACUGAGCCACAGGCCUUCCUGCCUCCUCAGGCCUUGAUUUAUGUGAGGGCUUUGAACUCAGGCCUUCCCCCCACCCCAGUCCACCUACAGAUCCUUUUCUGCUAAGCCGCAACAGCUUGGCUAAUCUGAUUUGUUUCUUUCAGACACAACAACCACCAGCAUCAGAUCGGUGUCCUCCUCCGCCACCCCUCGCCCUGACACCAGCACCCCUGCUUCCCACAAUCCGACGCUUCACAGCAACCCGACCGAUGGCCACGUCCUCCUCAACGCCAGCACCGUCCAUCACCAUAACUUCGCUUCCUCCCACCAGUGGACACAGGGUCCCAAAGGCUCGGCCUCUGCAGCUCAAGGCAGCUCCUUCCUCCUGGCAUUCCUGCAGCUCCUCUCCAUCUCGCUGGGCUUCAAGCUCCUCUCCUAAGCUGAAUCCCGAAUCCCCACAACACGCAUUCCCUGCUUUCCUCUCGUGCGUGGCCACCUUCCCUUCCAAACCGAACGUGAAGGGCGGGUGGCUGGUCUCCUCGAGAAGGAGAUCCCUCCCUCCCUGCCUUCACCUGCAACUCUCUUUCCCCUCCACACCAUUAUGCAUCUUUAUUUGCACAUUUAUUUCAUCAAUCCCUAAUAUAGCCCAGCUGCUGACUUAGAAGAUAUGGCAGCAGGUAGCUGUACUGAGAGACGUCUAAAGAGAGAGGGCUCAUGCCUUUAGGGGGCUGGGAGCAAGAUCCAAACAUUGUCUCUUUUUUAUUUCUUCUUUUCCCCUGCCUUGGGGACAAAAAUAUAAUAAUAAGCUAAAUAAUCAACAGACUUAACUCUGCCUGUUGCAUAUGGAUCCAGUGCUGCUAAGAUCUUCCAUGGCAAGAGUAGGAAUAGACCAGAUAUUUUAAGUUAAUAUUAUUUUAUCAGGCUCGGGACAAUGAUGCAACCUUAGGAAAGGAAGCGUCUCAACAGUUCCUUCUGUGCAUCCCACCUCCCCACCCCCCAAAAAAUUCUUCCAGUUCUCUGAAAGAGAAGUGCUAGGAAACUGGUGUCUAUCCUUGGAGGAUAUUUGACUGGAUGACACAGAAUGGAAGGAAAGGCUGAUCCACUGAGAAUCUCCACUAUACACUACGAACAAAGGAAGCAGCAUUUUGUACCUCCAUGUAGUUCAAGAAGGCUGUUCCAAAAUUCUGACACCACACAUUCACACACCCCUUUCCCAUAUUUUAUUUUCCGCGAUAGAGGAAAGAAAACCCGGCUUUUCCAUUUGAACACAGAUCCGAAUGCCCAUGUGCCAAACAGAUCUGAAUGCCCAUGUGCCAAAUUUGAAAUUGCACCCUUUCUUCAGCUUCUGAAACAACCAUCAGUAGACGUUAUGCAGAUUAAGGGAGGCCCCUUCAUUUACUGUAUAUUAUGAGCCCCCUGCUGGCAGGGCAACCCCCAUGGACUGUAAAAUAUUUAUUUGCUCUGAAAUACUCGGAUAACUCCUCUGCUCCUUAAGAAGUGCUCACCCUACUGUCUCCAUAGGUUGUAUGCAGAGAGGAAAAUGGGGUGAAGGAUGAACCAAGUCUAUUGGUGGUUAAUUGUGGGCUUCCACAGAAAGAUAGGCUGGGUUUGCUGCCAGUGGCUUUUGUUACAGACUGUGUUUCCUCAGGGAAAUGUAUUUUGGAAAUCUAUUGUAUUUGAAAGACCCUGGUUCAAUAAAACUGCUUCCUAAUGUCCUAUAUAUAA